UAGGGAUUCUGCUGGCAUCGCAGCGUGAAGAGCAGGAGGCAGGAAUUCGGAGUACAGGGAAGCGCGGGGACCCUCCCGCGCACACGCUGCGCGCUCUCCCCGGUGAACACACACUCAUACACAAAUACUCUCUCUCAUACACACACACACACACACACACAUACACGCACACACGCGCACGCACACACGCCCUUUCUGCUUCGCUCAUUGCUGCUGCCACCAUCUCGGAGCCGAGCCCUGCAGAGCGGGAACCCAAGCUGGAGCAGGGAUCGGAGGCGAGCCGAGCCAGGUGAUGACGGCCCAGUGCGGAGCCGCGCGUGGACGGCGCGCUCGGAUGCCUCCUGUAUCCACAGGCCCUGAGGUACUGGUGUUUAUGGGCAAAGAGGCCAACUGAGCCAGACCCAGGCUGCUCCCAGCCCAGCUGCACCUAACACGACCCAGCCACAGGAGUCCUGCUGAGGAGCCCUGAGCCCGGAGUGAGGCCUGAGAGAGGGAUCCUAAGGCAAUGUUCUGGCUAUCUUGAGUCUGUGGGCUGCACGGCCUCCUGCCCGACUCUUGGGGCUCUGACCCUGUCUGGCCCUGACCAGCCUCAUGCUGAUUGCUGACCCUACCUGGUCUGAGGGGCCCCUCGUGCUUCAGGACUCAGUCAAACACUGAAACAGUUACGUGCACGCUGAGACCCACAGACUGCUGCUCCCCAGGCUUCCGGCAGUCUCUCUGUUUGACUCCCUGUGCCUCUGACCCAGGAGUCACGUGAGCCUCCCUCUGGGAUCUGGCAUGAAGGAGAAAUGGAUUCUGGAUUUUCCACUCUGGCUUUCCCUGACUUCUUCAGAAUUUAAGAAGCAUCCUGAGGCCUCUCUUGCUCAACCUCAGCCUAGAAUCCCUGAGGAUCAAUCCAGAGAUCCAAAGACUUCAAGACCUAAAAACACCAAGCCCCUUUCCCUGGACACAGACUGGACAGAGCUAACUAGUUCUUCAGGUGAGCGAGAGGAUGCUGGCGGGGGGCAUGAGAAGCAUGCCCAGCCCCCUCCUGGCCUGCUGGCAGCCCAUCCUCCUGCUGGUACUGGGCUCUGUGCUGUCAGGUUCUGCCACAGGCUGCCCGCCCCGCUGCGAGUGCUCAGCACAGGACCGAGCGGUGCUCUGCCACCGGAAGCGCUUUGUGGCAGUGCCCGAGGGCAUCCCCACCGAGACUCGUCUGCUGGACCUGGGCAAAAACCGCAUCAAGACGCUCAACCAGGACGAGUUUGCCAGCUUCCCACACCUGGAGGAACUGGAACUCAAUGAGAACAUCGUGAGCGCCGUGGAACCCGGCGCCUUCAACAACCUCUUCAACCUUCGGACGCUGGGGCUGCGCAGCAACCGCCUGAAGCUCAUCCCGUUGGGUGUCUUCACCGGCCUCAGCAACCUGACCAAGCUGGACAUCAGUGAAAACAAGAUUGUCAUCCUGCUGGACUACAUGUUCCAAGACCUAUACAACCUCAAGUCGCUGGAGGUCGGUGACAAUGACCUCGUCUACAUCUCCCAUCGAGCUUUCAGUGGCCUCAACAGCCUGGAGCAGCUGACUCUGGAGAAAUGCAAUCUGACCUCCAUCCCCACCGAGGCGCUUUCCCACCUGCAUGGCCUCAUCGUCCUGCGGCUACGACAUCUCAACAUCAACGCCAUCAGGGACUACUCCUUCAAAAGGCUGUAUCGACUCAAGGUCUUGGAGAUCUCCCACUGGCCCUACCUGGACACCAUGACCCCCAACUGCCUCUACGGCCUCAACCUGACAUCCCUGUCCAUCACACACUGCAACCUGACCGCCGUGCCCUAUCUGGCCGUUCGCCAUCUGGUCUAUCUCCGCUUCCUCAAUCUUUCCUACAACCCCAUUGGUACUAUCGAGGGCUCCAUGCUGCAUGAGCUGCUGCGGUUGCAGGAGAUCCAGCUGGUGGGUGGGCAGCUGGCCGUGGUGGAGCCCUAUGCCUUUCGUGGGCUCAACUACCUACGUGUGCUCAAUGUCUCUGGCAACCAGCUGACCACCCUGGAGGAGUCUGCCUUCCACUCCGUGGGCAACCUGGAGACGCUCAUCCUGGACUCCAACCCCCUGGCCUGUGACUGCCGGCUGCUGUGGGUCUUCCGGCGCCGCUGGCGGCUCAACUUCAACAGGCAGCAACCCACCUGCGCCACACCCGAGUUCGUCCAGGGCAAGGAGUUCAAGGACUUUCCAGAUGUUCUCCUACCCAACUACUUCACCUGCCGCCGGGCCCACAUCCGGGACCGCAAGGCGCAGCAGGUAUUUGUAGAUGAGGGCCACACGGUGCAGUUUGUGUGCCGAGCGGACGGCGACCCUCCACCCGCCAUCCUUUGGCUCUCACCCCGCAAGCACUUGGUCUCAGCUAAGAGCAAUGGGCGGCUCACAGUCUUCCCUGAUGGCACGCUGGAGGUGCGCUACGCCCAGGUACAGGACAACGGCACGUACCUGUGCAUCGCAGCUAAUGCUGGCGGCAACGACUCCAUGCCUGCCCACCUGCAUGUGCGCAGCUACUCGCCCGACUGGCCCCAUCAACCCAACAAGACGUUCGCCUUCAUCUCCAACCAGCCAGGCGAGGGAGAGGCCAACAGCACCCGCGCCACCGUGCCUUUCCCCUUCGACAUCAAGACGCUCAUCAUUGCCACCACCAUGGGCUUCAUCUCCUUCCUGGGCGUUGUCCUCUUCUGCCUGGUGCUGCUGUUUCUCUGGAGCCGGGGCAAAGGCAACACAAAGCACAACAUCGAAAUUGAGUAUGUGCCCCGGAAAUCGGACGCAGGCAUCAGCUCGGCCGAUGCACCCCGCAAGUUCAACAUGAAGAUGAUAUAAUGACGGGGAGGGAUUGGGGCACAGGGACCCCCGGGGGAACACUGGGCAGGGAAGGAGCCGGGCUGCUGCCCACUCACUCCCAGGCCUUCCCACCUCCUUUCUGCCCUCCUCCCCCACCCUUCCCCUCCCCCCACGUGCCCCUGCUGCCUCGCCAGCCCUCACCGCCUGCCCUCCUUCUACCAGGACUUCAGAAGGCCAGGCCUGAGGACCCCAUCUACACAGGGGCCAGAGUUGACAGACGAAUCCAAAGCCGACGAACCGACACGCGGCAGAGUCAAUACAAUUAAAAAAAAAAAAAAGUUACAAACUUCCUCUGUAACUUGGGUUUCAAUAAUUAUGGAUUUUUAUGAAAACUUGAAAUAAUAAAAAGAAAAAAACUAUUUCCUAUAGCUAGUCGGAAUGCAAACUUUUGACGUCCUGAGGGCCCCAGGCCUUCUUCCAACUCAGUUUCUUGUUUUCUCUUCCUCCUCCUCUUCCUCCUUUCUCUUCUCUUCCCCCGUGGGGAGGGAUCACUCAGGAAAACAGGGAAGGAGAUUCCAGCCUCACCCUCUGGCCCACUCUGCCAGGUGCCAUUUGGAGCCAUGGGUGGCAGCUCAGCUCCAGGACCCAGCUCCAGCUGGCUUUUCACAGGAAGUAGGGGAGGGGACAGGACUGCCCAGUGUGGGUGGGGCUUGUCUGCUGGCUGCCAGGCUGCACUGCCAAGGGGAGGUGGGGGGGGCCAGGCUCGGGUGUGGCUGAAACUGGGACGGGCUGGGGUCCUCCUGUGGGAACAGCACGGUCAGUGGAGAGAGUCAGGAGCCAGAGGCAGGCCCGAGUCCUCUCCUCUGGUCCCAGCUCUGCUGCUCACUGUUGUGUGACUCAAGCAGGUCACUGGCCCUCUCUGGGCCUCAGUCUCCACAUCUGUACAAAUGGGAACAUUAUCCCUGCCCUGCCUACCUCACAGGGCUGUUGUGAGGAACUGAUGAGAUGAUGUAUGUGAACCACUUUGUAACCUGUAAAGCGCUGUGCACAUGUGUGUGGGUGA